AUUACGUACGAUGCCAACACGAAGCAGGGAUCCAAUAUAAUACUACACGACAGCGAAAUUAGGAAUUUUGGUCUCAUGGUGGCCGUAGCGCCCUGCAUGAAGACCACCCUAGCUAUGAGCCGUAGGACAGUCUGUAACGCACCCCAUGGACGUGACAAAAGUUCGAAUGCAAAUCUUGAGAACAUCCCUGGGAGAAACCAUAAGGACCACUAUGCGUGAUAAAGGGGUACGCGGAUUCUACGAUGGCUGGACUGCUGGUUUGCUCCGUCAGUUGACCUACAGCACCGCCAGACUUGGGAUGUACACCACGUUGUACGAUUUGAGUCAGAAAAACUUGGGAACCUUGAAUUACCCCACGAUGGUCGCCAUUGGGAUGAUUUCUGGCAUCGUGGGCGCGUUUGUUGGGACACCUACCGACUUGGUCUUGGUUCGCAUGAUAGCUGACUCGAAUCUACCACCUGAGAAGAGAUGGAAUUAUAGGAAUGGUAUCUCGGGGUUGUUCGACAUUUGGAAGACCGAGGGUGUGCGUGGACUGUGGAGGGGAGUUAUGCCAACGAUGACGAGGGGUGCAUUGGUCAAUGGAACGCAGCUGGCCACGUACAGCAAAACUAAGAUGAUACUGCAAAAGUACGUAGAAGAAGGAGUGUUUCUGCAAUUUCUGUCAGCGAUGAUAUCUGGCCUGGUGAUGUGCUCCACGUCGCUCCCCAUGGAUGUAGCUAAAACCAGAAUACAAAACUGGAACCUACCCUCGAAGCCACCAGGAAUCCUGAGAAUGGUGGUCAACAUAGCCCAGAAGGAAGGGACAUCAGCGUUGUGGCGAGGAUUCUUGCCGUCCUUUUCCAGGGCAGCGCCUAAUGCUGUCGUCACUAUGAUAUGCGUCGAACAGAUGCAUCGACUGUACACUGAUUUAUUUAAACCGCCCCCAGAAUGAAUGUCUGGUCC